GACGCGCGGAAAAAGAAACAAUCAUGGCUGAGACGGUGUCUGACAGUGACGUGCAGCCUAUGAAGCCGCCACCCAAACGCCGACGCAUCCUCGACCCUUCAGCUAUCGUCCCGGUGCCGGUCUACUCCAGCAAGGUGAGCAGCAGUCUGCAGCUGAAGCCGAUGGCUCCCGUGUUUACAGAGAAAGAAGAUGAAGACGAUGCUGCAGACGACAGUUUGUGGUCGCAGUUUUCAUCUCGAGGAACGACGGCAGCCGUCGUCGCCCUCAGUGACUCAGAGGAAGACGAAGCAGAACACGUGGAGAACAAAGCAGAACACGACAAACUAGAAACCAUUCGCUGCCCGUCUCCUCCACCUCCCGAGAGUCCCGUCCAGAAACAGUCCAGACAGGUGAAAAAGAAGAUCAGUGAGAUCGACAGGAGGCUCCGGGCGGUGAACUCCCUCCUGUCUCCGGAGCAUCAGAACAGGACCAGGUCCGGACGCCACCGAGGCCCCCCCUCUCCAACGCUUGAGGAGGAGCAGGACGAUGAUGUCAUCAUAUUAACCCCUAACCCGGGCCCACAGAGUUCUCCGUACAGCUCCUCGGUCCGGGAGAUCCCCCUGAAGAUCCGCUGUCGGACAGACGUCCACAAGAUCCCCGUGCUGUCUUCAACGCCUUUAAGCGACGUGUUGGCUCAGCUGUCCGUCAUCCUCAAGGUCCCGCCCCCUCGCCUCCUGCUGCUGAGGGAGGAAGUGGAGUUGCCGACAGACGCCACCGUCAGCGAGCUCGGCCUCGGCAUCGCAGACAUCAUAGAGUGCGUCGUCAUGGCAGCGGAGGAUAAAAGCGAAGCAGACGACGGCGGCAGCAUCAUCACUGUUCGACUGCAGAGCAAAGACCGAGACUCCUCACAGGAGUUUUCUCUGCACAGAGACGCUCCGCUUGGCUCCAUCUUCUCCCAGUAUCUGUCCAGGAUGUCGCCCAGCGCUCAGAGAAAAGUCCGCUUCCACUUCGACGGCUCCAAGGUGGCGGACAGCCAGACGCCGGCUCAGCUGGACAUGGAGGACGGAGACAUUGUCGAAGUUUGGAUUUAAGACUUUAAAGUUGUCUCAUACCUUCUAUUAUGUGAAAAGCAAAUGUAAAAUCCUUGGUUCGGUUGUUCUUUAAUAUUAUUUGUAAAAUUCACUUUAUUGUAAAUGUUGAAAUUACAAAGAUACAACAAUUCAGAUUGAGGUGGGAUUAUAUUAUAUAUAUUAAACAAACAUUAUUCAACAAACAACAGUAGACAUAAACAACACUGUAAAUCACUGGAAUUAAAAACCUGUUUUAAUGCUUUAAUGGUUUUGACUUGUUACCUUUUUACAUUGUCUUUUUUAUUGUUAUUGAAAAUGGCCAUAAGAGGUGUUGAUGUUAUUCUGUAAGAAAACUGAAGUAAUAUUAAAGCCUUCAGAGCUCAGAGCUGUGGAGUCAUAGCAGCGUCAUAAAAAAUAAUAAAUCUGUAAAAGAAGAAAAAUAAAUGUGGCCAUAUAAAGAGGAAUAAAUAAUUUGAUUUAAACUGCUACCACAUCCAUGUUGUGCAUGUGUCUCCCGGCCAAAGCCAGUUGAUUGACAGCUCAGCCCUUUAAGGAAUAGCAAAGAAUAAGGAAAAAUAAAGCAAUAAAUCAUUUAUAUGCA